AUGACAGUGGAGGGUACAUGUAGAAGCAGCACUACUAUUAAUAAGAGCCCUCCUCGUAAGCAGAGAAGCAACGUGAGCAAUGACGGCAGCAGCAACGGUCGCAAGUCCCGCAACAAAUCCGUGCGAGGCUCCAAGUCUCUUUCCCCCAAGCGAAGUACUAGUGGAGGAGGCUUGGAUUCCCACCAAGUCAUUGACAUGCUGGAACAAAUGGCAGUAGCCGACGACACCAAGGCGGAUGCCUACUUCCAGCUUCUCAAGAACAGUGAUGGCCGCCCCAGUAGUAGGCGAACCAGUAGGUCUCCCAAGAGGUCGAAUACCAAGACUCCGUUGGCAGCAUAG